AUGGCCGUAGAAAAGGUGUCUGCGGUGGACUGGAAAAAGUUCUUCGGGGAUUGGUUCAAAAGCAUGAAAGGCUGGUGGAGAGAAUUCUGUGAAAAGAUUUCAUGCCACGUGGCGAGCCCCAGUGCCCUCUCGCGCCCCAUUGUUAAGGUCAAAAACAAGCCAAAACUCACGUACCUCACAUCGGCGCGCGGCGUUUCGAAAGAA